GGUCCUGUACUCUCGCUGUGGCUGGGCGGCUAGUUCAAGUUGCCAUAGCUGCGAGGCUGGGGAGACCAGAGUCGGUUGCUCCGCAGCAUUUGGUCAGUUGCACCUUCUAGGUCACUGGUAGCCGCGGGAGCCGGGUGAAGCCUCGGCGAUGAUCCGGCAUUAAGGACCUGGGGUCAUCGUCUGUCUCAGGUGGUUUGGGGAAAGUGUAGGGGCAACUAAAGAUCAUCUCCUUAACUAGGCCUUUUGCCCCGAACCUCAUGAAGAAAUGAUAGGAGGCAGACAUAUGUGCCUAAGAAGAGCACUAAGCUCAGAGGAGAGCAACACGGAGUUUUGGGGGUGUGCUUUGUGUUCCAUCAGAUGCAGGAGUUUGAACAUCUUUUAUUGCUCAAAGUAAUUGAAAUUAUUAGCUGAAGACGUUGUGUGUAUGUACCCGUGAAACUCAUGCUGGAAAGUGUGAUUCUAUUUUAUUAAAAGUAUGUAAUCCCAGUGGGGGAUUUAUAUAAAUCAAUGGCAGAAUCAUCCAGUGAGUCAGACCACUUCCGCUUUCGUGACCGAGUGAGCCGAUGGACUGCCAGAUCAACUCACAGGGAAACUGGAAGUUAUCCUACAGUAGAAGUCACUGAGAAGGUCAACAGUAUAACGAGUACUUUACAGGACACCAGUCGGAACCUGCGGCAAGUGGACCACAUGCUUGGACGAUACCGAGAAUAUAGCAAUGGACAGGCGGGUACUAUAGAACAUUUAAAAGAAAGCUUGGAACAAUCAAUAGACCAACUGCGAAGUCAACGUUUAUUGAGAAACUCAGGAGGGAGAAGUAUUUCUGUUACAAGUCUGAGUACAAGUGACCUCGAUGGUGGCUCUGUGGCAGACAGCCAUCGUUUUCCACCUACCUCACCUCUCAAGGACUAUGGGGAUCCACAGAGUGUUAAACGAAUCAGAUCCAGAUCUGGUAUCCAAUUUGUUCGGGAGCCUGCUGAUACGGUCCAGCUUCAUGCUUUUCAUCAGUCCCUCCGAGACCUCAGCAGUGAACAAAUUCGCCUUGGAGAUGAUUUCAACAGGGAAUUUUCCAGAAGAAGCCGGUCGGAUGCUGAAACAAAAAGGGCUUUGGAAGAAUUGACUGAAAAACUUAAUGAAGCCCAGAAAAAAGAAGUGGUUUCAGAUCGGGUGGAGCAGCGGCUUCAGGAAAUUGAAAGAGAGAUGCGCACAGAAAGAGAGCUGGUAGAAAGACGUCAGGAUCAACUGGGAAUUAUGUCCUUGAAGCUGCAGGAGGCUCUGCAGAAACAAGAAGCUAAAGCAGAUGAGGAUGAGGGAGCAAUAAAAAAUAAGCUAAGACAAACUGAAACUGAGAAGAAUCAACUUGAACAAGAAUUGGAGCUAUCUCGAAGGUUAUUAAAUGAAUCAGAAGGCAGCAGAGAAACACUUUUGCUUCAGGUAGAAGAACUGCGUACACAACUUACCAAAGCAGAAGGCGAUCGAAAGGGUUUACAGCAUCAAGUAUUUCAGAUUUCCAAGCAACAGUCUAAGAAUGAGGAUGAACAAGUAGUUGACUGGAGGUUUAGGAGAGGGAUUGAGCGAGAAAAACAGGAUCUGGAGAAGCAGGUGUCAGAUUUGAGAGUGCAGCUGAACUUCAACGCAAUGGCAUCUGAGUUAGAGGAACUGAAGCGGAGCAUGGAGCAAAAAGACAAGGAGAAAGCACAUUUGGCAGCACAAGUAGAGAUCUCAGCUUAUACAUCACCUCCAAAGAGAGACCCUGUCCAGCCACAAUGUAUCGAUUAUAGACCCCUUCAGAAUUUAACACGUGAAUUGGAGAAGAAGGAAAAACAACAACUGCAGAUGUUGGAUCAACUUAGGGAGAUCCAGAAUCACUUUAACACACGUGAGGCCGAGCGUAAGCAUGCUGACCGUCAGAUCUCAGAGCUGACUCUCCAUGCCGAGGAUGCAACCAAGCAGGCCGAGCAGUACCUCAGUGAGUUACAGCAGUCAGAGGCCCUGAGAGAGGAGGCAGAGAAGAGGAGAGAAGACCUGAAAUUGAAAGCUCAAGAGUCCAUUAGGCAGUGGAAGCUUAAGCAUAAAAAAUUAGAGAGAGAACUGGAAAAACAAUCUGAAACUCUUGAUCAAUUGUCAAGCAAGAAUAAUCAGAUUUUAAAAGAAAAGGAUGAAAUGAAAAGUCAGCUGUAUGCAACCUUACAACAAACAGAGAGCCUUCGAAAGGAAUUGAAUGAUGUCCUAACCAAGCGUGCCCUUCAAGAGGAGGAGCUUCACUUGAAGGAGGAGAAACUAAGUGAUAUUAAGUGUCAUCAAGCUGACCUUGAACUAGAAGUCAAGAAUUCCCUGGAUACCAUUCAGAGACUAGAAAGUGAAUUGAAAAAACAGAGUAAGAUUCAAAGCCAGAUGAAAACUGAGAAAAUUCACCUAGAGGAAGAAAUUGCAGAGCUCAAGAAAAGCCAGGCCAAGGACAAAACUAAACUUCUUGAGUUGCAAGAGUCCAUCAAGGACUUGAGUGCCAUCAGAGCAGAUCUUGCUAAUAAGUUGGCUGAGGAAGAGAGAGCCAAGAAAGUGGUGCUGAAGGAACUUUCUGACCUCACGGCACAGAUGAAAUCUAGGGAUGAAGAAACAGCUACAGUCAUCACACAGUUAAAGUUAGAACGAGAUGUUCACCAGAGGGAGCUGAAAGAUCUCACAUUAUCAUUGCAGAGUGUGAAAACAAAACACGAGCAAAAUAUCCAGGAGCUGAUGAAGCACUUUAAGAAAGAAAAGAGUGAGGCUGAGAAUCAUAUUAGGACACUGAAGGCAGAAAGUUUAGAAGAUAAGAAUAUGGCUAAAGCCCAUCGUUGUCAGAUGGAGAAGUUGAAAUCACAAUGUGAUAGAUUGACAGAGGAAUUAACCCAGACUGAAAGUGAGAACAAAAAACUGAAGCUAAAAUAUCAGUGUUUGAAGGACCAACUAGAAGAAAAGGAAAAAUAUAUAAGCAAUGAAGAAGAGCACUUAAGGAGGAUGGAAGAGGCCAGAUUGCAGCUCAAGGAUCAACUUCUUUGUUUGGAGACUGAACAAGAGUCCAUUCUUGUUGUGAUAGGAAAGGAAAUUGAUGCAGCUUGUAAAACCUUCUUCAGGGACUCGAUGGAGAAAUUGAAAGUUUUUUCUUCUGGUCCUGAUACACAUUAUGACCCACAUCGCUGGUUAGCAGAAAGCAAGACUAAACUUCAGUGGCUCUGUGAGGAACUGAAAGAGAGAGAAACCAGAGAGAAAAAUCUGCGACAGCAGCUCAUGCUCUCCAGACAACAACUCAAGGAUCUGACUGAAAACAAGGAAGCUGAGCUCCAAUGUCUGUUUCAACAGAUAGAAAGGCAGGAGCAGCUUCUGGAAGAAAUACAUCGGGAGAAGAGAGAUCUGCUGGAAGAGACCCAAAGAAAAGAUGAAGAAAUGGGAUCUCUGCAGCCGAAGCUAUGGUUUAAAUCUCUGCCUUGGGAAGAUGCUAGUCAGACUACAGUGAAAAAUCAGAAUGAAGCUCAAUUUGAAGAAAAAGCAGAACGUGUAAUUGCAUUAGAAACGAGUACCCGAGUGGCCUUGGACCAUCUGGAGUCUGUGCCUGAGAAACUGAGCCUACUAGAGGAUUUCAAAGACUUCAGAGAUACGCGUAGUUCAUCUGAGAGAAUUGAUGGGAGAUAUUCUAAAUACAGAGUUCGCAGAGAUUCUCUUCAGCAUCACCAAGAUGACACCAAGUACAGGAACAGAAGUUUCAAAGAUGACAGAACCUCUAUGGGAGGUUCCUACACUCGUGAGUUAGAUCUCUCAUCCUCCUGGCAGGACCGUAGUCACUUCCUGUCUAGUCCACGAUUUUCACACUUGAACUCAUAUUCCAAAAGAAAUGUUGCUCCAGAUUCAGCUUCAAUCAAGGAAGAUGCCACAAGUUUACCAAUGAAUGGAACAAGUCCACAAUCCAAAAAUGAGGAAUAUGAGAGCUGAAAAAGCAAACUUAGUUCCUUUACAUGAGUGUUUUACAAAUAAUAGCAUCUGUUCUUGGAGCAGUUCAGCCCAGAUUAUCUAACAGACAAACCUGCAGUUUCGGCUCUUCAGUAUUGCCAAGCACUGACUAAAAUGAUGAUAUGGUGGUCUUUGUAAAUGAUAUGAGUUAAACCAAUCCAAAUGAUAUCAGCUCAUGAAUGACAUGCAGCUAAUUUAUCAGCAGCUUAUAUGAGCACAGAAAGAAUGAUGUUUUUCACUUUGCAAUUUCCUUUGUAAGUGUAGUCAGUCACAUUUCCUGACCAAAAUUUGGAUUUAUAAUUGAGGCCUUUCAAAAAUUACUGGCUAAAAAAAGGAGGAAAAUGAGAUCCCCUUGAGGCAAAAGUGGCCAGCACUUUAGAUUCAGGGAGCAUUUAUAUACAAUUGAUUUUUAAAAAAUGCAUUCUCCCUAAUAAAUUAUCAUGUGUUAUAACAUGUCAUGGAGAUAUGCAUAUAUAAUAUUAGACAGUCCACUUUAUAAAUGCUCAGGAUUGUUACAUCCAUCAUCUCAGCAGUCUAUUACUACAUGCGGUAGCUUAAAAUCAUUUCCAAUCAUCCAUUUUUAAUAGCAAUAAAGAAUUUAUAAAUGAUAUCUGAAUUGUAGAGCAUUGUAAAGAAUUCAUAGCACAAUUUAUUUAUUUAUCUUUGGGUGGCCAAAUAUCCCACUAUGAUGACUUCCGUCAUAAUCUGCACCGUCUUUGGUUUACUGUGAUUGAAAUCACAGCACCAAACUCCUGAGUCCAUGAGAUUUGCUCUGCAAGGGUUCUUGUAUAAUUCGGUACUGUCUACUUCUAGCAUCCCAGCUUUUCUGGACAUCAAACUGUUUUUGAGAAUUAUUCCCUUUACACGCUGAUCUACCAAUGGAGAAAGAUUUAUGUUAAAUGCUAAAGAAUGGUAAACUUCCGGGAACUGAAUCCUAUUGGGCUAUUGUGGGAAGAUUGUGCACAGAAACAAGGACAAUAAAGCAAUACCUUUGUAAUGUGCAUCAUA